AUGGAAGCCGCCGGGAACUCUGCGCUGGGACAGCUGGAGGAGUUUGCGCCGCAGGGCACCUCCAACGUGGUGCGGGGCCGGGCCACAACGGCUUCUUUGCGUCGGCCCUUCCUGGGCGCCGCCGGCGGCAGGACAGCGCUGGCGCAAUGGAAGUGCCAAGAGCUCUCCAACGCUGCAUGGGCCUUUGCCACCCUACUGGCGUAUGGCACGCCUUUGGUGGCAGCGAUUGCCGAUUCUGCCAUGGGGCAGCUGGAAAAGCCUAGUGCGCGGCACAGCGCCAACCUCGCGUGGGCCUUGGCCACCCUGGAGCUGCGGCGGGAGCCGCCGCUGGCGGCGGCUGGACACGCCGCAGCCACCGCGGAGUUGUCGCCGCUGAGCCUCGCCAGCACCGCCUGGGCGCGCGUCUGCUUCGGGAUGGCCGGCACGGCUCCUUCGAGGUUGACGGCCCGGCGCCUCUUCGCCAGUCCGGUGGACGAAGGCGUGGCCACCAUGGCGGUUUGGACUUUGUCGCGGCUUGAGGACCUCACCUUGGCGUUUCAGCUGGUAGACUCAGCGACUUGGCGCAUCACGCCCCUCACUCUCUCGCCGCUCCUCGAGGCCUGUGAGCAAAGGAACCUGCCAGAGCUGGAGCUGAGGGUUUUGCGCUUGCUGGCGCAUGGUGAGCUGAAGCCAGUGGUUGAGGAGGCAAUUCGCCUGCGCAUGGUGCAAAUGCGAUGCACAGAGGAAGAGAAAAACGGGUCCUGUCGCUUCGCCUGA